AGGAGGCCAAGGUGCAACUUUCUUCAGUCACCCCAAAUCCAGGUUCCUCCGACGGCAGCCACCUCCACCAUGCUGCCUAAGUUCAACCCCAAUGACAUCAAAGUCAUGUACAUGAGGUGCACAGGUGGUGAAGUCGGUGCCAUGUCUGCCCUGGUUCCCAAGAUCGACCCCCUGGGUUUGUCUCCAAAAAAGGUUGGUGAUGACAUUGACAAGGCUACCAGUGACAGGAAGGUUCUGAAGAUUACAGUGAAACUGACUAUUCAGAACAGACAGGCUCAGAUUGAAGUGGUACCUUCUGCCUCUGUCCUCAUCAUCAAAGUCCUCAAGGAACCACUGAGAGACAAAAAGAAACAGACAAAUAUUAAACACAAUGGAAAUAUUACUUUUGAUGAGAUUGUCAACAUUGCUAGACAGAUGAGGCACAGAUCUUUAGCCAGAGAACUCUCUAGAACCAUUAAAGAGAUCCUGGGGAUGGCCCAGUUGGUGGGCUGCAAUGUGGAUGGCUGCCACCCUCAUAACAUCAUAGAGGACAUUAACAGUGAUGUCGUGGAAGACCCAGCUGAUGGAGACGCCAAAAUGAGAAUAUCUCAGGAUCAACUCUCCUCUACCCGUGGACCAGACAGAACAGUGCACAUUAGCUGCAAGCUGUCUGGAGUUCCCCUCAAGGACACCAUUGUGCACUGGUACCAACAAAAAGAAGGGGAGCCCCCGAGAAGAAUCCUUUAUGGCUCCGCCAAGAAUUAUAAGCAAGAUAUACCCAAUUCCCGCAUGGAGACUGAUGAGAAAGAUAAUGGUGUCUUUUACCUUAUAAUUAAUAAUGUCGUCAAGUCAGAUGAAGCCACCUACUACUGUGCCUGCUGGGAUCUCACGGUGCCACAGAGCCAGGAGGAACCUCGAUCACAGGAACACAUUACCAUCCUGGAGAAGGAAGACAGGAAAUGGAAAGGAGAUUUGGAGCUGAAGGUAGAGUGUUAA